AAAUGUCGUAUACCAGUUUCCUGUCAUGUUUGUCACAAACGUCACCAUUCGCUUCUACACUUACAGAAGAAAGCAGACACUUCGGGUCAAAUAAGCACCAUACAACCGACUGUGUCAUUACAAUCCAGUGUAGAAGAGCAAGAGGAAAUACGAGUCAAUACAAUGGUUGCGUCUAAUUGCAAUACUGGACAGAAAAUAGCUCUAUUAGCAACUGCAAUGGUCAUUGUCACAAAUGAACAUGGUCAUAAUACUGUGUUAAGAGCGCUAAUAGAUCCAGGGUCUGAAUCAUCAUUCAUCAGCGAAAAAGCAACUCAAUUACUACAACUCACAAGAACAACAGCGAAAAGAAGCAUAGUCGGAAUGGGAUCUAUGAGAUCAAAUGUAAAUCAAGUAGUUCAGUUCAAAGUAGUUUCUAGAUACGAUUCACAUUACAAUAUACAAGUACAAGCAUAUGUCAUUGCUCAACAACUGACUACUAAGAUACCCACAAAAUCACUUGCUGUUUACAAUUGGCCACAUCUAGAAGGUUUACACUUAGCUGAUCCCAGUUAUUGUACGCCAGGCUCCAUCGAUCUCCUUCUAGGUGUUAAAGAAUAUGCUAAGAUAUUACAACCAGAGUUAGUCAGAGGUCCACCUGGAACACCAUGUGCAGCAAAAACAAGUCUUGGUUGGAUCUUAUUAGGUGAGAUAUAUUCUGGUGCAAAUACAACUGAAGAAUCAAACUUUCUACUCGCGCAUCAUGCAGUUGAUGUAGACGAGAUACUGAAAGUUAUAUGGGAGGUAGACAUGAACACUGAAAGAAAAUAUACAAAAGAAGAGAAACUUUGUGAAGAGAUUUAUGAGAAAACAUACAAAAGAAAUGAUGAGGGACGAUACAUAGUGAAGCUACCAUUUAAGACAGAUAAACCGAUAUCACCAGACGGAAACACAAGAGAAAUAGCUUUAAAUAGAUUUAUACAGCUAGAGAAAAGAUUUAACAGACAACCACAAUUAAAAGAAAAAUACACGGAAGUAAUAAACGAAUACAUAAAUAUGAAACAUAUAGAAGAAGUACCUGAAAAAGAAAUUUAUACAAAAAAAUCAAUAUACAUACCACAUCUCGCAGUCAUUCGCGAAGGAAAGGAGACUACCAGUACACGUGUCGUGUUUGAUGCAUCAUGCAAGGGUUCAAACGGCACCUCGCUGAAUGAUGAGCUGUUGCUGGGACCAGUACUGCAAGGAGAUCUCAGAAGUCUGUUGAUGAGAUGGCGAAUGCAUGCUGUUUAUUUUGUGUCUAACAUUGAAAAAAUGUAUCGUAUGAUUUUAAUAGCAAAAGAAGAUACUGACUUUCAAAGAAUUUUAUGGAGAAACAACCCUAACGAACCUCUGAAAGAUUACCGUUUGCUCACAGUAACGUUUGGAACGGCGUCAGCUCCAUACCUGGCUGUUAAGACACUCAUGCAGCUAUCCUAUGAUGAAGGCGACAAUUAUCCUAUUGCCAGUAGAAUAUUACAAGAAGAUUUCUACGUAGACGAUGUUCUAUCCGGUUGUGAUAAUGUAAAGGAAGCCAUAGCAGCCAGCAAAGAGUUAAGAGAACUAUUACAACAAGGUGGUUUCAAACUAAAGAAAUGGUCAUCUAACAAUGCUGAAUUUAUGAGAGCUAUUACACCAAACGAACGAUCAUCAAAUGUGCACUUAGAUCUAAAUAUUGAUGGUACUACAAAAGCAUUGGGUAUUUCAUGGAACUUAAAAACUGACAAAUUCGAGUAUAAUACAACAACACAUGAUGAAUCAGUCACUGUUACAAAAAGAAGAAUCUUGUCAGACAUGCAAAAACUUUACGAUCCGCUGGGAUGGAUAGCACCGUUAUUAGUAAAAACAAAAAUAUUUAUACAACGACUUUGGAUUCAGAGAUACAGUUGGGAUGAAGAAAUAAGUCAAUCACUGAUAGAUGAAUGGAAGAUAAUUAAAUAUGAUUUUAAAAACGUAAGUGACAUACAUAUAGAUAGAUGGUUACAUACAUAUAAUAAAGAGAAAGAAGCUAUUGAAAUACACGGAUUCUGCGAUGCUUCAAUGCAAGCUUAUGCGGCGGUAGUGUACUGUCGCGUUGUUAAUUCCAACGGAACCGUAACUACCACUCUCAUUGCUGCGCAAACAAGAGUAGCUCCAUUAAAGACAAUAUCACUGCCACGCUUAGAGCUUUGUGGUGCUGUUUUACUGUCGAGAUUGCUCAAACAAGUAACACAUGCAAUGAAGUUGUCAAUGUCUCAAGUUUUUACGUGGACUGAUUCCACUAUUGUUAUAUCUUGGCUACGUGGAGAACCUUGUAAAUGGAAACCUUUUGUAGCGAACAGGGUUGUAGAAAUAAUUGAUAACACCAACAACAGGCAAUGGUACUAUGUGAAGUCUCGUGACAAUCCUGCAGACAUAGCUUCCAGAGGAAUGUUUCUUAAAGAUCUGAAACAGUCGAAAUUAUGGUGGAAAGGGCCAAAAUGGUUGUCCGAUCAAAAGAUAGAAUUUCAAAAGCCAAGUUAUAUACAGACAGAUGAGGAAAGGAAAACGGUUAUACAUGCACACUUGAACAUAAAUAAACAAGAAAAAGAAACUAGUAUAUAUUCACAAUUUGAAAAUUACGACACAUUAACAGAAUUAUUGAAAGUAAUAACGCUAUGCAAGAGAUUUCUAAAAUUUAAAUUAUCAUCAGAAGAUAUAAGUAAUACAAUAACAACAAAAGAAAUAGAUGAUUCAUUACAUGUAUGCAUACAAAUGAGCCAAGAACAUGAUUUUGAGGAUGAAAUUGAAUCGUUAAGAAACAAAAACAUGGUACGAAAAAGUAGCAGUCUAAAAUCAUUGAAUCCAUACUUAGAUGAACUACAAGUCCUCAGGGUGGGCGGAAGACUCAGACACGCCAAUAUAAACGAAGAAAGCAAACAUCCAAUCAUACUCAGUCAUAAAAACAGAUUGACAUAUUUGCUUGUGGCUGAGGCACAUACAACUAAAAAAAAGGUAAAACUUUACAUGGAGGUGUACAAGUGA